GCAGAAGAAGAGUUAUUAAUUGAGGUUAUAUUCAACUCAAAUCAGUAAAACAGGUUUGUGAAAAAAAAGGAUAAAACGGUUAAGCGUAAAAAUGUCUGUGUGGAAAAAAGCAGCCAAAGCGCAUCAAAAGACUCAUAGAGAACGGCACCAACCGGAAGAGAGGAAACAUUUGGGUAUUUUAGAAAAGAAAAAGGAUUACGUCUUACGAGCAAAAGAUUACAAUGAAAAGAAGGCUACGUUGAAGCUUUUACGCAAAAGAGCUUUAAAUAAGAACCCUGACGAAUUUUACCACCACAUGAUAAACUCGAAAACUGAAAAUGGAACGCAUUUUGAGAAAGAAACCGAACCUGAAGAUACACCAGCACAAAUUCAGCUGAUGCGAACUCAAGAUUUAAAGUAUAUAACUACAAAACGCACACAAGAACUUAAGAAAAUUGAGAAAUUACAGGCGCAGUUAUCCCUUUCUAGUGUUGAAUUGCAACCCAAGAAUAAACAUAUAUUUUUUGAUAAAAGGAAGAAAGAAGAAUCAGAACAAAGAAAAUUGCAGUUUCUAGCAGAGAAAGAGUUGCCGGAUAUAGAUGUUGAUACAUUAGUUAAAUCAGCACAGAAAAGCAAAAAUCUUUAUAAAGAACUAGGAAACAGAAUAAAUAGGGAACGAGAAUUAUCAAUAAUACAACAAAAAAUUGAAAUUUCUAAGGCUGUAGAGAAUAAAAAGAGCAUUCUACCCCCUAAAAAAGUCAAGAAAGGUACCAAGGAUCGUGCUCCAGUGUAUGUGUGGAAAUACGAAAGAAAAAAGUAAAAUACUUAUUCAAGUUUUAUGUUUUAAAAAUGUUAAUUUAAAUGUUGUGUUAAUACAGAAUCAUCUUUUUCCA